AUGGGAAAUGGUUCCGUGAAACCCAAACAUUCCAAACAUCCAGAUGGCUACUCUGGGAACCUCACCAUUGAUGCCCUGCGGAGCAAAGUGACAGAGCUGGAGAGAGAGCUGAGGAGGAAGGAUGCUGAGAUCCAAGAGCGUGAGUACCAUCUGAAGGAGCUGCGGGAACAGCUGUCAAAGCAGACUGUGGCCAUUGCUGAGCUCACGGAGGAGCUGCAGAACAAGUGCAUCCAGCUGAACAAGCUUCAGGAUGUGGUGCAUAUGCAGGGGGGGAGUCCACUUCAGUCAUCUCCAGAUAAAGUGCCUCUUGAGGUCCACCGGAGGACCUCGGGAUUGAUCUCUCUCCACAGCAGGAGGGGAGCCAAGGCUGGGGUGUCUGCUGAACCAACCACCCGAACCUAUGACCUCAACAAACCCCCUGAAUUUUCCUUUGAGAAGGCAAGAGUCAGAAAGGACUCCAGUGAGAAGAAACUUAUUACAGAUGCCCUUAAUAAAAAUCAGUUUCUGAAGAGACUGGAUCCUCAGCAGAUCAAAGACAUGGUGGAAUGCAUGUAUGGGAGAAACUACCAGCAAGGGAGUUACAUUAUUAAGCAAGGAGAACCAGGAAACCAUAUCUUUGUGCUGGCAGAGGGCCGUCUAGAAGUGUUCCAAGGGGAGAAGUUGCUAUCAUCCAUCCCUAUGUGGACCACAUUUGGGGAACUAGCCAUUUUAUACAACUGUACAAGGACUGCCUCUGUGAAAGCUAUUACCAAUGUUAAAACUUGGGCAUUAGAUAGAGAGGUAUUCCAGAAUAUAAUGAGGAGGACAGCCCAAGCUAGAGAUGAAGAGUACAGAAACUUCCUCAGAAGUGUAUCCUUGCUGAAGAAUUUACCUGAAGAUAAAUUAACCAAGAUCAUUGACUGCUUGGAAGUGGAAUACUAUGACAAAGGAGAUUACAUCAUUAGAGAGGGUGAGGAAGGAAGUACCUUUUUCAUUUUGGCAAAAGGAAAGGUAAAAGUCACGCAGAGUACAGAGGGCCAUGAUCAACCCCAGUUGAUAAAAACACUGCAGAAAGGAGAAUACUUUGGAGAAAAAGCUCUUAUCAGUGAUGAUGUCAGAUCAGCUAACAUUAUUGCUGAAGAAAAUGAUGUCGCAUGCCUGGUUAUAGAUCGAGAAACAUUCAACCAAACUGUCGGGACAUUUGAAGAACUUCAAAAAUACCUUGAAGGGUAUGUGGCGAACCUGAACCGUGAUGAUGAAAAAAGACAUGCAAAGCGGUCCAUGUCUAACUGGAAGCUCUCCAAAGCACUCUCUCUGGAGAUGAUUCAGCUGAAGGAGAAGGUGGCCAGAUUUUCCUCAUCAUCCCCAUUCCAGAACCUUGAGAUUAUCGCAACACUGGGCGUUGGUGGGUUCGGAAGAGUUGAACUUGUUAAAGUAAAAAAUGAGAAUGUUGCUUUUGCUAUGAAAUGUAUAAGGAAGAAACACAUAGUUGACACUAAGCAACAGGAGCAUGUCUACUCAGAAAAGCGGAUCCUGGAAGAGCUGUGUUCUCCAUUCAUUGUGAAAGGCAGCUUUGAUGAACCCACCUCCAAAUUCUGUGUUGCUUGUGUGACAGAAGCAUUUGACUACCUGCAUCGGCUAGGUAUUAUCUACAGAGACCUGAAGCCAGAAAACUUAAUUUUAGAUGCUGAGGGUUACCUUAAAUUGGUUGACUUUGGAUUUGCUAAGAAAAUAGGAUCUGGACAGAAAACAUGGACAUUCUGUGGGACUCCAGAGUAUGUAGCUCCUGAAGUCAUUCUCAACAAAGGACAUGACUUCAGUGUGGAUUUUUGGUCACUGGGAAUCCUAGUGUAUGAGCUCCUAACGGGCAACCCACCCUUUUCUGGGAUUGACCAAAUGAUGACCUAUAACUUGAUUCUCAAAGGAAUAGAAAAGAUGGAUUUUCCUAGAAAGAUCACAAGACGGCCUGAGGAUUUGAUUCGCAGGCUUUGCAGGCAAAACCCAACAGAAAGGCUGGGAAAUCUGAAGAAUGGAAUUAAUGACAUUAAGAAACACAGGUGGCUAAAUGGUUUUAAUUGGGAGGGACUGAAAGCACGGAACCUUCCAUCACCUUUACGAAGAGAGCUUAGCGGACCCAUAGAUCACAGCUACUUUGACAAGUAUCCUCCUGAAAAGGGAAUACCUCCGGAUGAGCUGUCAGGCUGGGAUAAAGACUUCUGACAGAAGAAAAGAUGGUACUGCCUAUACGCUAUGGAAGACGACUGUGAGGCUCAGUAAUCCAACAUUGAUUAUUUCUCCCUUCCAAGUACUAUGAUAUCUUUUGGAAGACCGUUAGGGAAAAGAAAUUCCUGCACAGAAGGUGGAGAAGAGUGCUGCAGAUGUGGUUUUGAAUUAUAAUGUCUCCUUUAGAUGCUGUGAAUUAUUCAUGUAUUCCAUUAUUUGCUUUUCUUAAAUGUUGAGGGCUGUCCCAUUCCCCUGUCCACAAUCAGAACCAUUUUUGUUGAAGAGGCUUAGUUUUCUUUGCAGUCUAUGGCUCCAUCCCGAUCAUACUCUUCUCCUUUGAUUUCUAAGGUUUAAAAAGGGUCUUGCCCUUGAACAACUAAGUCAUGCAAAUAGAAGGAAGGACAAGGCUGAAUUGUGGAAUUUUUCCCCAACUUGCAACAACUCCAUUUAAGCAUUAUGGCAUUUUUAAAUGGUGGUUUGCAAAAAUCAUGGAACUCAGCAGAAGCUCUUCACUUUCAUGGUUACUUAGUCUAGAAAUAUGCUAAUAUGCUUCUGAUACUA